GUCUUGCUGGAAGAUCCACUUCUGACCAAGUGUCCACCUCCAGGCAGAGGCAACCAGGUUUUGGCUAAAAUGUCCUUGUACUGGGUAAGGUUAAUGAUGCCGUUCAUCUUAACAAGGGCCCCAGGACCAGUGGAAGCAAAACAGCCCCAUAACAUCAAAGAUCCACCACCAUAUUUUACAAGCAAACCCCCGAAGCAAAAGAGGAACUGUAAUUCAUGAACCCUGCAAGAGGAGGGAGACUAGAGGUAAGUAGAGCAGACUGAGUGGGAGUUCUACCAGCAACAGGAGUUUCAGACCACCACCAUCACCACCCAGACAGCCAGACAUGCUCCAGGGCAUGGACAGCAUCAGAAGUUGUUUGGGGGGUUCGGAGGGGGCAGAGAGCAGGUACGAGACUCCACCAGCCUCAGAGCUCCAGAGGCUGAUGUGGACCAAACCAGGGACCAGUGACCAUAUGGAUGAGGUCCAGCCCAGGAUCUACAUAGGAGACAUGUAUGCAGCCAAAGACAAGAGGACACUCCGGACUCAUCACAUCACCCACGUCUUGAACGCAGCGGAUGGGAAGUUUAAUGUGAACACAGGUGCCAGCUACUACAGGGACACAAAAAUAUCCUACCAUGGAGUGGAGGCAUUCGACAUGCCCUCAUUUGACCUCAGUACAUUCUUCUACUCUGCAGCCAAAUUUAUCAAGACCGCCCUGAGCUCACCCACCAGUAAUGUGUUGGUCCACUGCGCGAUGGGUCUGAGUCGCUCGUCCUCUCUGGUCCUGGCCUACCUGAUGAUCGAUAAGAACCUGACCCUGGUGGAUGCCAUCAAGGCUGUGGCUGCAAACAGAAACAUCUGUCCCAACGCUGGAUUCCUGGAGCAGCUCCGAGACCUGGACAAACAACUCCACUACCAGGCUAGACGACAAUGAGAACACAUUUUUGAUGAGACAUAGAUGGAUAGUGUAAUAGUGUAGGGGACAACUGUGCAGUCACUAUACUCAUACUGUAAAUGGUUUCAUUAUUUUGUGUAAAGAUGUGUCAGAAAUAAAUCCAUUGCUAAUGUGAUCAA